CCCAACCGCCCGCGCGCGCCUCCUGGCGCCCCCUGCCGGCCCCGCGGUGCGCGCGAGAGGGGCGGGUCACGUGAGGGCGCUCAGCUGACCGCGGGGAGCGGCGGCGCCAGCCCAGGAUGAACGGGGACGUGGCGGAGCCGGCGCCGCUGUGGGAGCGGCCCUGGUCGCUGGACGAGAUCCGUAAGAGCAGCCAGAGCUGGUCCUUGGCCUCGGACGCCGGGCUCCUGCAUUUUCUACAAGAAUUCUCACAGCAAACCAUUUCCAGGACACACGAAAUCAAAAAACAGGUGGACGGAUUGAUCAGUGAAACAAAAGCUACAGACUGCCGCCUUCAUAAUGUCUUCAAUGACUUUCUUAUGUUGUCCAACACACAGUUCAUAGAGAAUAGAGUAUAUGAUGAAGAAGUGGAAGAGCCUAUUCCCAAAGCUGAUGUUGGAGACAAAACAGAGCAGGAAAAGACACGGGAACAGAAAGAAGCUGACCUAAUCCCUAAAAUUCAAGAAGCAGUGAAUUAUGGAUUGCAGGUUCUGGACAGUGCAUUUGAACAGCUAGAUAUCAAAGCAGGGAACUCUGACUCAGAAGAGGAAGAAAGUAACGAAAGAGUGGAACUGAUACUUGAGCCAAAGGAUCUCUAUAUUGACAGACCUUUACCUUACUUGAUUGGCUCUCAGCAGUUUAUGGAGCAGGAUGAUGUUGGCCUUGGAGAUCUCUCUAGUGAAGAAGGAUCAGUAGAUAGCGAUCGUGGAAGUGUAAUUGACAGUGAAGAGAAGGAUGAGGAGGAAUCAGAAGAUGAAUUUGGAAACCCUAGUGAAGACGACCAAAAGACGAGGAUACCCCAGAUGAGUGAUGAAGAUGAUGAUGAUGGCUGUGAUCUCUUUGACUCUGAAAAAGAGGAGGACGAAGAUGGAGACUUAGAUGAAAGCACAAAGCCUAAAAAGAAGAGGCCAACAUCAUUUGCAGAUGAGCUGGCAGCCCGAAUCAAAGGAGAAGUGCCAGUCAGACAAGAUGAAGAGUGUUCGUCCCUGUCAUCAGAGACCAAAACAAGGAAAACCCCAAAAGAGAAGAAGGAAGUUAGAGUUCCAUCGGAUGAUGAAGAUGAUGACAUCUUCAAGCCUCCUAAACUGACUGAUGAGGACUUCACGCCAUUUGGUUCAAGGGGUGGCCUCUUCAGUGGUGGAACAGGCCUCUUUGAUGAUGAAGAGAGUGAUCUUUUUGCUGAAGCACCAAAAGGGGAAGAAUCAAAAGAGAGAGAGGAGAGAGUCCCAGUAAGUGAAGCAUCCUCUACAAAGUCCUUAAAGAAAGUUCCUGCAGGUGCAGUAUUUCUGUUUCCAGGAGGAAGUGAUGUGUUUAGUUCCACUGUAAUUGGGGAAAAAGACAAGAAAUCUGCAGCACGGAGCACAGAAAAAACUCCUAAACAACCUGGGAAAGUUGUUCUGUUUGAUAAUGAUGAUGAUGAUGAUGACUUCUUUGUGGAAACAACUAAAAAGCCUCCAGAUCCAGUCAAGUCCACAGCUGACCUGUUUGAUGAUGAUGAAGAAGGUGAUUUAUUCCAGGAGAAACCUGCCAUGCUAUCUGUGGUUGCUGGCACAACUAAAGAAACACAAAGCCGUAGGGAGGGAAUUGUGGAAAAAAAGAGUCAACCGUCUUCAGGUGAGGACUUCAAGCCUUUGUCUGAAACACCUCCAAGAAAACAGAGGGGCCUUUUCUCUGAUGAGGAGGAUGCUGAAGAUUUGUUUUCAUCAAGUAAACCUGUGAAGUCCAAAGCUACAUCCCUCCCCAUCAGCAAGUCCAUGACAAAAGCUCCGCUUUCCUUGUUUGACGAUGAUGAAGAGGAUCUCUUUGGUGUGGGUCCUGCCAAGAAGCACCAGGAAAAGCCCCCAGAAGAGAAAGCAAAACAGUCAGGGCCACUCAAGAAAGCUUCCAGCUUAUUGUUCAGCAGUGAUGAGGAGGAACAUUGGAAUGUCUCCAAGCCAGCUAAACUUCCUUCUGAGGAUGGCCAAAAAGAAGACCCUGCAAAACCAGCUAGCACUGUCAGUCAGGCUAAAGAUGUGAAGACGACAAGCCUCUUUGAGGAAGAGGAUGAGGAGGAUUUAUUUGCAAUCACUAAAGAGAGCCAAAGAAAGCCACAGAAGCCAUCAUUGUUAUUUGAAGAUGAUGAUACUAAUGGAGAAUCAUUCUUCAGCUCCCAAUCAAUGCUACUUCCUUCAGCUGCUAAGUCUGCAGUGGAGAAAGAAAAACCAGCACAAGCACCACCUACCUUUAAUGAAGAAGAAAAGGAGGAAAAGGAAGAUCUGCCAGAUGGAACAGUGAAGUCUAAGCAGGUAGAAGAUGCAUUGUGGUCUUCAGAAGAACCUGGAGCAGCUCCUGUGCCUCGAGGAACAGAUGUUGCAGGGCAGCAAACAAAGGAAAAACCUUUUACAGUAAUAUCUUCAGAGCCAGCUGACAGUUCAGAUCUGUUUGCAACAUCACCACCAGCUCUGGUGAAAGAUGAGAAAGGCCAAGCUAAGAAAGUGUUAAGCUUGUUUGAGGAGGAAGAAGAGGAGAGACUGGAAGAGGAUGAUGGCAUGAAAAAUGCACAAAAAGGAGUUGUUGUGUCUUCUGAGAAAAGUACUGUGCCCAAAAGCACUGGGGUCUUUCAAGAUGAAGAGCUUCUCUUCAGUCACAAACUUCAGAAGGACAAUGACCCAGAUGUUGACCUCUUUGCCAGUCCCAAGAAGUCAAAAUCUGCAAAACAUAUCCUGAAGCCAUCACCUGGAGGAGGGCUUUUUGGGGAUGAUGAUGAGGAUGAUCUCUUCAGUACUGCUAAAACAAACAUUCCGAAAAUGGCCGAGAAGAAAACUCCUCAGACCAGUGUUGGCCCUUCUUCAGUGAGCAGUAACUUAGAAAAUGCUUUAAGUGCCAAGCAAGAUGAGACUCUGAAGGCAGCAACUACAGAGAAAUCUACAGGUCCUGUUCCCAUUAAAACCAAAGAGCCUUCAUCUCGGAUUGGAAAGCUACAAGCCAGCUUAGCUAUUAACCCUUCAGCCUUACUACCUGGUGCAAUGCCUAAGGUCUCCAAUGUCAAGUCCCCCUUACCAGUGCUGGACACUCCAUUACAUGAGCCCAAGGAGGUGCAGAACAGCGAAGCCUUCUCUGCUGCAGGAAGCAAUGAAGAGCUGGGCGUCAGCUUUGAUCAGCCCAUGCAAGCAGACACCUUGCACAGUGCCAAUAAGACCAGGAUCAGGGCUCCAGGGAAGCGCAGACCCCCUAGCAGAAUGGCGCGCCGUCUGGCUGCCCAAGAGGCUGAAGCGAACGAGGAGGUGGACGCUACUAAAGGGCCACAAUUCUCUCUACCAAAACAGAUGUCAGCAGUAGAGGACAUAAAGGAGCCUCUUGCUGCUGAAGCAGAGUCCAAGGAAAACGGCUUUCUCUCUAGUUUGUCGCUACCAGCUCACAGCACUGUUUCUUCUGCUGGGACAAACAAACUCCUUCCUCCAGAAUCCACAGAAAAUGGGGAUGAUCUGUUUGAAUCUGAAGACCUUUUUGCAAGCAGCUCAACAUCCAGACCAGCUGCACAAUCAAAGUUGAAGGAGGGAAUGCCAGACAGUAUGGCUAACAAGCCCAUAAAGGGCAGAGAGAAGCCUGAUCUGGGUGAUCAGGACAGCAAUGAUCUCUUCCAGCCUGUACAUCAAAAAUCUUCAACAAAAAGCAGCCCUAUACCUUUCUUGGAAGAAGAGGAAGAUUCUCUCUUCACCUCUCAAAAAACUGGAAAAAGGGAGUCAAAAUCUGCUGUCCACCAAGCAGUUGACCCUACUGCCCAAGAUAUCUUUGAGGAUGAUAUAUUUGCUACUGAGGCAAUUAAGCCAAUGACCAAAAUGAAAGAGAAAAUGCCAGAGACAAACCUGUUUGAUGAUAACAUUGAUAUUUUUGCGGAUCUAACUGCAAAACCAAAAGAAAAGAAGACCAAGAAGAAGGUGGAACAAAAAUCCAUAUUUGAUGAUGAUAUGGAUGAUAUCUUCUCUAGCAGCCAAGUCAAGAUACCUACUCCUAAAACCAGAUCUUCCCAAGCAGCCUCAGAACCAAAAUCUGAAAGCAAGAUCCUGAGCACAUUUGAUGACCCGCUGAAUGCCUUUGGAGGCCAGUAGUCAAUGGGAUGUGUUGCAGAGAAGCAGCCUUCCUUAGCCCUGGCCAGUACUUAUACUCUGGAUUCUCUAAUUCAGUAAAACUGGAAUGAGAUGAACAUGGAUAUUUAAAUGAGAUUACCCAUUUAAAAUGGUUAGUAUUCUCUUGUGCUAGUCUAAUUCUGCUAAAUUAUAUAUUUUUUAAAAAAUACAGUAACCUCCUGCUAUGAUGUUUCCAUGGUGCCGAGAUGAAUACAGCCUGUGCAAUACCUGCAAUGAAGUAACCUAUUCUGUAAAGUAUAGUUUGUUUUAUUGAACAGAUCUAUAGAUAAAAUAAUUGAUAAAUAGUAAAUGGAGUCUGUUAAACUUGA